AUGCAUUCAAAGCUUCUGUUGACUGCACUCGUCUGUACACUGUCUUUCACCUUGGGACAAAGCAAGCCCAUGUUGAUUAUGUACUUGUCUUCACAACCCUUUACCAUUGCAUUGAUAAUGAAUGUAGUUCAACCAUGGGAGACACAAAAUCUAGAUGAUCAAAGGUUAGAUUCUGAACCAUGGAAGUCGGAACAAGGCAAAAAUCUUUGUCAACAACUUGAAACACACCUGAAAGGAGAGGCGGCAGAGGUGCCACUCGAGGAUCUCUUUGGUUCUGAGUCUCUCGUCACGUAUAAUUAUUACAACAAAGGGCUAAGACAGGUAUCUACUCAAGAAUUUUUCCAGCACACUGAAAAAGGAAACUUCAAGCCACGAGGUGUUGCCGGGUAUUCAGGCCUAACAUUCAGCCCGACUGACUCCAGCCACAAAUUGUAUGGUCGUAAUUGGAUUUGGGAAUAUAUUCAUGAUGAUGGAUUCUUGUAUUCAGGAUUUGGAGAGGUAACAAUUGCCGACCCACAUACACAUAUAUCUGUGAUCAAUAUAAAAUAUGGCGGAAAACAACCGGCCUGA